AUGAAUACAACAAUGACUUACUGUCCUCCAAAUAUAACUUUCACCGAUAUUUGGGUGAACCAUGGAAUGUCUAAGUGUUUCAUGGAUACUAUUUGUAUUACUGUUAUUUCUUCAUAUUUAUUAAUUUUUGGUACAAUUCAACUUUGGAUGUAUCAUAAGUAUGGAACAAGAAGUACUGCAGUUUUGAUGCCUAAAAGUAAAUUGUAUAUUGUACAAAAAAUCUUCCUUUACUUUGUUCCAAUACUUAGUGUAAUAAGAAUAAUUCUACAAGGGACAGUUUUUGAUGAUAAGAAAAUUUAUGGUUACAUGAUUCUUACAACAGUAUUAACAGUAAUUGUUUAUCCAUAUUCUGCAUACAUAAUAAAAGUAGAAAGGCAUAAAUUAUUACCAAGUGUGCCACCACAGGGACAUGGAAUGGUAUUAUUAGGUUUCUGGACUAUGGCAUUAAUUGCAGAAAAUCUUGCUUUUGUUAACAUUGCAAACUUUGAAUGGUGGUUUCAUUUAAACACAUUAACAGAUCAGAUUGAGAUGGCACUGUUCAUUCUACGUUAUGUCAGUAACCUUAGCAUUUUUGCUCUAGGACUCAAAGCUCCAGGAAUAACUGGCAAUACUGACUCAGAGUACCAUACUCUCAACAGUGGUCCACGGCCAAGAUAUUAUCAAGAUAGACUGGAUGAUACCAGCUCUGCAUGGAAGAAUGCAUGGUAUAAGAUAAAAACUUUAGCACCAUUUUUAUGGCCAAAGACUUUUAUGCUUCAGUUGCGUGCUAUUUUUUGCUUUGGCUUACUUAUAUCAGGACGUGUAAUAAAUUUAUAUGUUGUCAUUUAUAAUAGAAAGAUAGUAGACAGUAUUAAAGAUACUCCUGAAUUAUUUAGAUGGGAUCUUGUAUUGAUAUAUGUAGCAUUCAAAUUCUUACAAGGUGGAGGUACAGAUGGUAUGGGAUUAUUAAAUAAUUUGAGAUCAUUUCUAUGGAUUCAUUUACAUGGUUUAAGUUUGCGUUGGCAUCUAGGAAGAAAAACGGGAGAAGUCUUAAGAAUUAUGGAUCGUGGAACAGAUUCCAUAAAUAAUUUGCUUAGUUAUAUUCUGUUUUCAAUUGUUCCAACAAUUGUUGAUAUUAUUAUUGCUAUUGUCUUCUUUGUUAGUGCUUUUAAUAAGUGGUUUGGCUUAAUAGUAUUUGUGACUAUGAGUCUUUAUAUAGCUACCACAAUCUUGGUCACUGAAUGGCGCACUAAGUUCCAGAGACGCAUGAAUUUAGCAGAUAAUGCUCAAAAAGCACGAAGUGUUGACAGUCUACUUAAUUUUGAAACAGUCAAAUACUAUGGAGCAGAAUCAUAUGAAGUCAAUAGUUAUAAAAAAGCAAUAGUGAACUACCAAAUAGAAGAAUGGAAAUCAUUAAUAACAUUAAAUAUUUUAAAUUCUUUGCAAAAUAUAAUUGUUUGCAGUGGUUUGUUAACUGGGUCUUUGCUUUGUUUGCAUAUGGUUGUAACAAAACAAGGUUUAACUAUUGGUCAGUAUGUGUUAUUUGCAAGUUACAUCAUCCAGCUUUAUAUGCCAUUAAAUUGGUUUGGAACAUAUUACCGUGCUAUACAAAGAAAUUUCAUUGAUAUGGAAAACAUGUUUGAUCUUUUAAGAGAAGAACAGGAAAUAAUUGAUGCUCCUGGUGCUGGACCAUUGAUAAUAAAACGUGGUCAAGUGGAAUUCUCAAAUGUAUCGUUUAGUUACGUGCCCGAAAAAAUUGUAUUAAAAAAUAUUAGCUUUGUCGCGCCAGCAGGAAAGACUAUUGCACUAGUUGGGCCAUCUGGAUCUGGAAAAUCUACUAUCGUACGACUAUUAUUCAGAUUUUAUGAUGUGGAACAAGGUAUGAUUUUAAUUGACGGACAAAAUAUUAAGACCGUCACACAGGAUUCUUUAAGACGAACAAUAGGUGUUGUACCUCAAGAUACAGUGUUAUUUAACAACACGAUAAAGUACAAUAUUCAGUAUGGUCGCAUUGAAGCUGUAGAUGCGGAUGUAAUAUCAGCAGCUAGGAAUGCAGAUAUUCACGAGCGAAUUCUGUCGUUUCCGAAUGGUUAUGAAACACAGGUUGGUGAAAGAGGUCUUCGUUUAAGUGGUGGAGAAAAACAACGUGUUGCUAUCGCACGUACAAUACUAAAAAAACCAGCAAUUGUACUUUUGGACGAAGCAACAAGCGCGCUGGAUACACAAACAGAACGCAACAUUCAAGCUGCAUUAAGUAGAGUUUGUGCUAAUCGAACGACUAUUAUUAUAGCACACAGAUUAUCCACGAUAAUACAUGCCGAUGAAAUCCUUGUCUUGAAAGAUGGAGAAAUUCUAGAAAGAGGCAAACACGAAGAACUGAUUUCUUAUAAUGGAAUGUACUGUUCUAUGUGGCAAGCACAAUUGCAAAAUGAUCUAGAGGCUACUAAAACUCCAAGUGACAGUACUCAAGAGAAUGAAACAACAAACUCUUAAUCACAUUUAGCAAAA